AUGUGGAGAAGGUACAUAAAUCCACGGUCAACAGCGUUUAAAAUACUCGCUCCAGCAACAGCAUUAUUUAGUGCCUCCACAUUAUAUUGUUAUGUAUUCCAUGUCCGUCGAUCAUACAAGAGAGAUCCCAGUUAUCUAAAUCCUGUGAAGGAUGCCAUUUGGGAUGAAAGUAAUAAGACCAAUUUCAAUUAUGAAAGUGCAUUGUAUAAUUAUAUUAAUGCGUUGAAAGCUUUACAAAGGAAGAAAGAUCCAUUAAGUGAGCCAUAUACGAGGAUUGAAUUGAAGAUUGCUCAAAUGUUUGAGAAUCUGGGAAUGUAUGAAGAGGCUCAUUCUAUUUAUUUGGAAAUGUUAUAUAGGUUCUUUAAUGCGUUGGUGACGCCUUCGAAAAUUCCGGAUGAUGAGAGACCGGAUUUUUUGAGGAAGGAUUUGAGAAUCUUGAUUAAGUCUUUGGAAAUUAAUAAAGAUGUAGAGUUGGGGAAGAAGAAUUUGUUGGCUCAUUUGUUGUUGGCUCAAGAGGAAGUUAUGUCUAGAUCUCCAGAAUUGAAGAAAUUUUUUGAUGAUAGGAAGGAAAUGGUUGGGUCUGAUUUGAAAAGCAAUGCCAAUUUAAACUUGAAUGCUUUAAAGGAUAUCUUGAACUUGAAAUAUUUCAAGACUGUAGUCAAUGAUGAAAAUAUAAAGCUGGAUGAUAAUGGUCACAUGAUUUUGGAUAUAGAAAAGAAAUCAAGUGCUUGGGAACCAUUCAAAGAGGAAUUCUUCACUGCAAGAGAUUUAUAUACUGCGUUUUGUUUAUCAUCUCAUGAUGUCGGGACUGCGUUAAGUUGUAAAAUGACCACUUUAGAAUGGAUGGUCAUGGCUGAUAUGCCACCAGGUCAAAUUUUAUUGUCACAAGCUAAUGUGGGGUCUCUUCUUUAUUUACAAGCUGAAAAAUAUGAAGCAGAAAUUGAGAAACUGAAAGAAAGAUUACACUUAAACAAUGAGAAAAUUACAACAUUAGGUGAAGAGUUUAAGAAAAUGAGUGAUGAUAAUAUUAUAACGAAAUUAAGAUCAUUAAAUAAAAAUAAGGAUACUUGUUUGAAAAUGGCUAAUGAAUGCUAUGAUAAUAUAAUAGAGUUCUCUAAAAAGAAUAGAAAUCUAAAAUACCACAUGAAAGAUCAAUUGGAUCCUGCAAUUUCACAAGCUAUCGCAUUAUCAACAUAUGGCAAAGGUGUCUUAAACCUUCAUGAUGGGGUACUCAGCAAAGCAGAAAAACUAUUGAAAGAUUCUAUAACAUUGGCUAAGGAAACCGACUUUAUCGAGUUAUUAAAGGAGGCAGAAGGCGAAUUAGAAAGAACUAAUAUAUUGAAGGAAAAGCAAAUUGGAUCUUCCAACAAUUAG